AUGGCGCCUUCCAAUCCGUCGGAGAAAGACGUCAAGAAGGACGUCGGCGUCCUGUCGCCGGCGUGUUUCUGCCUGACUGAGGUACUUCAAAACGCCGAAGUGUUCAAGUCGUUCGACUGCCAGUCCGUCGCCUUCAUCCAGCCCGAAAUCUUUUGCUACGGCGCGAAACGCGGGAAGACGGGAACAAGUGAAGCGGUCAUGAUCUAUGACUACCAGGAAAACAUUUUCUCUUUGGCAGAAGCGCCCAAGGACGAGGACAACCCGGAGUCUCGACCUCAGGGGCGUACGGCCGCAAGCUUCGUGCGCCGCAAGCCGCUGAAAGGAGGCAGCGAUCCCGAGAAGGGUGUCCUGACUCUGUUUGGCGGCGAGAACAGCGCCUCGGAAUUGACGGACCGCGUGUGGAAUUUCGAUCCCGUCGCAAAGACGUGGAAGGAAGUCCAAACGGGCGGUCCACGCCCCUCCGCGAGGUUCGGCCACGCGGCGUGCACGAGUACCAAUUUCAAGACCAUGUACGUGUAUGGAGGCAUGGAUCAGCACGGAGUGGCGCGGGACGACGCGUACGUUUUCGGCGAAGACGACAUCUGGUCCGAACUGCCGAUGGCCGAAGUGUGCGCAGACAUCCCGGCGCGAUGCUUCCACACGCUCGUCGCAGGCCGCCCCGCACGGUCAGCCCGGGAGUACCUUCUUCUUUUCGGAGGCGACAGCACGGGAAGCGGAGCAGCCUCGAACGAGCUUUGGAUGUACUCGCUGACGUCCAAAAAUUGGAAGAGAGUCACCGACGCCAGCGGGUCGCCGCCCAAGGCGCGAAUGAAGCACUCGUGCGUGUUUGCGAACAACCGGAUGUGGAUCUGUGGCGGCGAAGCGUGGGAGUGGCUGGGCACGACGACUUUCAAAGAUCUCUACGGCUACGACCUCACGCUGAACUACUGGUUUUUGUGCGAUGUGUUCCUCUCGAAGCCGCGAAACGAAUCCCACAAUUUCAUGCUUGGACCGAUCGCCAUAUCGUCGACGACGCGGUCGGUCAUCAUUUUCGGCCACGAGUCGGACUCGGAAGGCAACAAACAAUCCGUGAUUUACCGCGCAACGCCCGUUUGCACGUUUGCGUAUCUGAGUCAGGCCGACAGUGAAAACAAGACGGCCCGCGACAGCAUGACAGACAUUUCGACGGCUGCGCGCAGAGUCCAAAGCACGCUGGAGACGGCGCGGGCGUCGGUAGACGGGACGGAGGCGAAGAUCGCCGAGCUCGAACAAGAGAUGACCAAGGUGUCCGCGCGUCUGAAAGAGGCGAAAAAGGCCGCCAGCGAAAUCGUUUUCCACGACGAUGUGAACACUGAGCUGUUGACCCGAACCGCGGAGGUGGAGAAGUCCGCGGACUCCGUUAAAGACUUCGAAGACCGCCUGGACGAAUUGGAAGCGAAGCUCGACGACAUCCGGGUCAAAGUGAAAAAGAAGGCCGGAAAAGCCGACGUGCGACGCAUCGAACGCGCCGUGGGGCGAAAGGAUCAGCGCCAAAGCUCGCGUACCAAGAAGCUGGACGGCGGACUCGACUCGUCGAGUGACAGCAGCGACAGUUCCUAG